UUAGGUGCAAUGAUGAAGAGUUCUUUCCUAAUUGUGCCUAUCCUGGCAUUAACACUGCCUUUUUUGGGUGCAGAGGAGCAAAACCAGGAAAAACUAACACGCUGUGAGAGUGAUAAAAGAUUGUUCAAUGAACAAAAAGUCAAAUAUAUCCCAAUUUAUUACAUGCUGAAUAGGUUUCCUAGUUAUGGAUUUAUUUUCUACCAACAUAGAUCAGCUGUAUCACCUAAUAACCAAUUUAUACCUUACCCAUAUUAUGCAAGGCCAGUUGUAGUUGGGCCACAUGCCCAAAAACCUCAAUGGCAAGACCAGCCAAAUGUCUACCCACCUACAGUGGCACGUCGCCCACGCCCACAUGCAUCAUUUAUUGCCAUUCCCCCAAAGAAAAAUCAGGAUAAAACGGCCAUCCCUGCUAUCAAUUCCAUUGCUACUGUUGAGCCUACAAUUGUACCUGCCACUGAACCAAUAGUGAAUGCUGUAGUAACUCCAGAAGCUUCCUCAGAAUUCCUCAUCACAAGCGCACCUGAGACCACCACUGUCCAAGUCACUUCACCCGUGGUCUAAAAACUCUAAGGAGACAUCGAAGAAGACAACACAGGUCUUGCUGAAACCAAAUGACUACUUCAAACUCUCCUUUGGCCAGUUAUCUGCCUUCAGUCAAGACAAAAUAUGAUUUUCACGGAUUCAGCUCCUUCCUCUUCUCCCCUUAUGUUUUACAUUCAUGCCACAUUUAACUUUUUGAUCCCUGCAUAAU